GGCCGGAGGUGACGUCAGCUGAGCCGCGUGGUUGUCAUUUGUGGAAGUGUGAUCAUGUGAUCGCGGAGUCUCGUGAUCCAGGUGUACCGAGCGGACGAUCAAACUGAGACUGACAAUCUUUCCUUGGAGAGGGAGAGAGAGAUUAUUCACUACAAUGCGGUUGGUUAUUCUGGAUGACUAUGACAAGGCCAGUGAAUGGGCAGCCAGUUACAUCUGCAAUUCCAUUGUUCAAUUCAGGCCAGGCCCAGAUCGUUACUUUACUUUGGGUUUGCCUACAGGGAGCACGCCUUUUGGAUGUUACAAAAAGCUGAUUGAAUAUCAUAAAAGUGGCCAUCUCUCAUUUAAAUAUGUGAAGACGUUCAACAUGGACGAAUAUGUUGCACUUCCAAGGGAUCAUCCAGAAAGUUACCAUUCCUAUAUGUGGAAUUCCUUUUUUAAGCACAUCGACAUAGAUCCGAAAAAUGCUCAUAUUCUUGACGGUAAUGCACCAGAUCUGCAAGCAGAGUGUGAUGUAUUUGAACAGAAAAUCGCUGAUGCCGGAGGAAUUCAGCUCUUUGUCGGAGGUAUUGGUCCUGAUGGACAUAUCGCUUUCAAUGAACCCGGGUCUAGCCUGGUGUCAAGAACAAGGGUGAAAACAUUAGCCAAAGAGACCAUUCUUGCUAAUGCCAGAUUUUUUGAUGGUGAUCUGUCCAAAGUACCUACCAUGGCAUUAACUGUUGGUGUCGGAACAGUGAUGGAUGCUAAAGAGGUAAUGAUUCUCAUCACAGGAGCGCACAAAGCAUUUGCAUUGUACAAGGCAAUAGAGGAGGGUGUCAAUCAUAUGUGGACCGUUUCUGCCUUCCAGCAGCACCCACGAACAAUCUUUGUUUGUGAUGAGGAUGCUACUUUGGAGCUUAAGGUUAAAACUGUGAAAUAUUUCCAAGGUUUAAUGCAUGUUCAUAAUAAACUUGUGGAACCAUUGCACAGUAUGAAAAGUUACAAUGAUUGAAGAAAACGAGAGAAAACUUCCCAUAAUUCAGCUGACCGGAACCUGAAAAGGACAUUGCUAAGUUGGAUUCUAUGCAACCUCUUUUUAUAUAUUGAAGAAUUAAUGUAAACUACGCAAAGUGAUUGUGACUUAAUUUAGAAACUGCUCUUGGGUAUUCAAAAUUCUUUUGUUUUAUGACAGUGUUCUUAGUACUUGGAAGGCCAUUACCUAUGAAUGCUUAGCUGCUCAAGAUUAACUGCUUAAAAAAAAAAGGAAUGAUGGGAAUCAUCCACAGGCAGUCCCAAGGUUAUAUUUCUGAGAACUUGUUUACUCUAGCUACCUGUAUUAUAUAAGUCUGCACAUAUUUCCUCUAAUUUCAUUUCAAUGGACACAGAAUAAUACAGUAGAUACAGUAAUGAAGUGAACAGGGAGCUGAGGAGGUGGAAGAUGGUGGAAAUGAGGAAGGUGCUGGUUGUUCAGUUUUCCUUAGGAUGACUGGAUGGAAUAUGGCCACCACUUCCAUAAUGUGCCAGUGUCUCGUUCAUGCCUUUAAAGAAUCAUAAAAAAGGGGUCCGUUUUCUCAAAUCAAGUCAUUGCCAACACAAUCUCACAGAAUGCAUUGUCAUUUCCUUAUUGUUGGAACAUUGUGAUUUUUUACAUCUGUUUCGUCUUGUGGCUCAACUUUGCCACCUUUCGUGCUUCGCACUCCACCAGAUCGUCUUUUGAAAGUUCAACUUUAUGACACCCUGAACAUCAAUUUCCACUUCAGGCUGUUUGGCAAGCUUCAAUCUAUCAUCAUCUUGUAAGUUUCAUCUUUCUGGAAGCCCCUUAAAGCUGUGUACAAACUGGAGGCACAGCUUAUUCCAUACCUUAUUCAAUAAAAAUUCAGUAACCUCUUCCCAGGCCUCAUCAGUGUUCUAGAUGCCUUGAUAAAUGUUCUAUGAUUUGUAAAUAUCAAAGAUUUUCCAGUCAGUCUUUCUCAUAGCAAAGAUCCUACCAAGAAGAUAAAGAUUUGGAAAAUUUGCAGUGAACACCUCUCCCACCACCUCCUCCCCCACACCCAGAUCAUAGCUUGGACAAGUGAAGUUGUGUUUAAUGGAGGAAAUGUAUCUUUUACAUUCCUGUGAUAAUUUUGUGAAUGUGCUGGUGUCCAGGAGCAUUAUUAACCACAGCAAAAUCUUGAAUGGAAUGUCCUAGCCUCUACAGUGUUUGCUAUUUCAAGAAUAAUCGAUUUAUGGACCAGCCUCCCAAUUGCUAAUGUGACUCAACCCUUUGUAUUUGCAUGGAAGUUCAUUGGUAAGGUCACCUUGCUGAUAUGGUUAAAUAAUUGUGGGUAUUCCAAAUUAUAUGCAAGCUGUAUUACCUCCAAGCAAAAGGAUGAGCUGAUCUUUUGCAUCCUUAAAACUAGGCAUUUUUCUCCCUCUUUGGAAAAGUGAAGUUCUAUCCCAGAUUAAAGAUUUGCUGUGCCAUGUAGCCUCCAAUGUAUUUUUUAGACAUUUCAGGAAACAAUUCUGCUUUUCUAUCAGUAUUGACAGUCUUGCUACACAUUUUCAUAUUAUGUGAAUCAGCACAAGUAUUGUCUAGUCAACAGAUGGGAUCAGCAUCAUCAAUGUCUUAGGAAGAACUUCUGGCUUUAUCUUGAAUCAGCUUUGGGCAAAGUGGAAUGCUCUCUUAAAUAUGAUCUUCUAGCUAUAAAGUAACUUCUUCAUCUCACAGCACCUGAUCGUUGCUUUGUUAUCACAAUUGACUUUAAAGAUGCCAAAACUUUUACAUGUUCCUUUUCUACAUUCCUUAUCUUUAAAUAGCUUUAAGUAUUGAGAUGAGAUGAAAUGAAGUUUUGUCUCCUUCAUACUUAAACUGCUUUAAAUUGAUCACUUUACUCUUGUGUGAAGGACCAUUACUCUUGCUACUACUUUAUCACUUUCAUCUCAUUAUUACAGUGCAAUUAAGGUUGAUUAUUCUCAGUAUUAUGAGUCAGUGUAGCUGAUGCCUGCAUUGUGCUACUAAUGUGACUGCAUAUAUAGACACUGCUUCCUACUUUUGUAUUCAUUUACAUUGCACUAGUUUUCAAUUUUAUAACUGUCCUAUGUUUAUUUUUGUUAAAACUAUACCUGGGAAAAUUUGCUUGCAGUUGGUUUUCUGAAAGUCAUGUUAUCCAUUACCUGGGUAACUCCUGUACUUGUAAAGUAUAAUUAUGUUUACAGAAUACUACAUAAAAGAUUCCAAAUUUCAAUUACCUCAAUUUUUUUUGCUUCCAUUCAGUACUUAGGAAUUAAAAUGUGCACACAAAGGACCAAUAUGCUGAAAUAUAAAAGUUUCUGUUAUUGUAAGCUUCAUUAGCAUCUGUGGAAAUAUUAAAUAAGUAAUGUUU